AUGUAUACUCCCAUUAACUUGGCUCCACUAUGGUGGAGGCAGCAGGCCUCCAGGAAGACUUGGGAUCAGGAAAUGGCAGAAUUAUUCUGUGAAUUCCAGCCAAUAUCAACGCCUACACCAGGGAUUAACCUCUAUAGUGAAAGGCAACCUCGGUUGUAUAGAAUCUGGGAUAUUAGCCAGAAGUUCCUCUUGCUGAUGAACAACAUACUGAUAGCAGGUCCACAGACUUCCAGUUCACCAGAGCAGUUGAUGGCCGUGCUCCCCAAUAACGCCUUAGAUCCAGUAAGGCAGCCCAUCUUUAUGGGCCUCGGUGAUGAGACACUCACCCUGGCCAGUGUGAAAGCUGCUGAUGGGCGUCCUGCUCUAAAGUUAAUGGAGAGAAGCAUUAUGGAUCUUUAUAGGAACACGGAGGAAUCCUUAAGCUUCACCUUCUACAGUAGGACUGAUGGCAACCAAGAAACUUGUUGCUUUGAAUCUGCAGCUUUCCCGGGCUGGUUCAUCAGUACUUCUAAUGAGCUAAACAAGCCUGUUGGUUUGAGUCUUGAAGGAGGCUCUCGGAUCACAAUCUUUUAUUUUGAAAGAAAACGAUAG